ACUGUGGUAUAUUCCCAGCCAGUUCAGGCAUUGCGUUCCCUUGUAAACCUUUUCCUGAACAUGAUUAUGGCCAACCCAACCCCCAAGCCCAUACCUUUUAUGAUAGUCAAUGCGUUCACAGAUAGCUUCUCCGGAGGGAAUCCUGCGGCCAUUGUGUUCCUCCAAGAGGACUUGUCGACUGAAGUCCUGCAAAGCAUAUCCACAAACUUCAAUCAGCCUAUCAUCACAUUCAUCCUCCCACCUUCGAAUUCGGUAGCGGAUGGAGCAGAACAUGAGCAGGAAUUUGAACAGGAAUCCCCCUCUGAACGAACUUUCCAUGUUCGCUGGUUCACUGCUACGACAGAAGCACCCGUUUGCGGACACGGAUCCCUUGCCGCUGCAGGAGCCAUAUUCUCUGCAGAACUCGUACCUCCAUCUGUUCAGACACUCCAUUUUCAGGGUGUCCAGCAUGGGCAGAAUAUUUCCGCGCGAAAGGUCGAAGACAAAAUCGAGGUCUCUCUCGCUAACACACCUGUUGAAGCAUUGCCUGAGGAGGAAGCCGAGAAAAUGAAGGCUAUUGUCAGAAAAGGUUUGGGUAAGGACGAUGCGAAGGUGCAUUUCGUUGGGAAGGGAAUGAGCGGCUUUCCUUGGGAUCGUUAUUUGAUUGCUGAGAUCGACGCGGAUGACGACUUGGCGAAUUGCAAGAUUAACCAUAACGAAUUCAUUGAGACAGGCUACAUAGUGAAUGUUAUCACUUCCGCCUCCAAAGACCCCAACGUUGCAUUCCUGUCACGGAUGUUCGCACCUGCGGCAGGUUUAUUAGAAGAUCCCGUAUGUGGGUCGGCACAUACGAUGUCUGUACCGUACUGGGAUGCGAAACAUCAACACAAUGGAGCAACGAUGCAAGCGAAGCAGGUUAGCCCAAGGGGUGGUGACUUGACAGUAUGUUUGCAGCGAGAGGCGGGGAAGGUUACAUUGCAAGGUGAAGUGAGGGUUACAAUGAAGGGAGAAAUAUACCUGUAGAUUGGGUUUUCAGAGUGCUUCAGCGACGUAGCGGCGAAUGACUUGGAAAAUCGUUGUCAGUGUCUGGACAAUAAUUAUCGUUACGUCUUGAAGUAAGGAAUAGCAAUGAAGCCAGAGCUUGACAAUUAAUAACGUGACUUCAUCUAG